AGCGAACUGGAGGAGCGUUUUGGUUUCAUCAUUGUGGUAGCGGUGGAAUAACCAGCAUCAUGUCGUCCCCAGAGAACUGGUUCAACAACCUUCCCAAGAUCACACGCACAUACAUGACGUUGUGCUUUGCUACAACGUGCAUGACGCAGUUCGGAUUGCUCAGCCCAAGGACCAUCUACCUGGACUUUGGAUUGGUCUUCUUCGAAUUCAACUUUUGGCGCCUUGUCACGUGCUUCCUCUUUAUCGGCAAGUUCAGCUUUAACUUUCUCGUGUUCCUAUUACUCUUGGGACAAUAUGGAAGUGUACUGGAGAAUGAUCCCUUCGUUGCUGGAGGGGGGGCGUCCGCGGACUUUGCCUUCAUGAUGCUCGUUGGUGGAGUCGUCCUCAAUAUCAUUGGGUUCAUUUUGGGGUACCCAUUCUUGGGAAUUCCGAUGAUCUUUAUGAUCCUCUACGUUUGGAGCCGCAAGCACACAGAGCAAAUCGUGUCCUUCUGGGGAUUCAAGUUCAAGGCAUUGUAUUUCCCAUGGGCCAUGAUUGGCUUUACGUUGCUCACUGGCGGCGAUCCCAUUCCCGAACUCGCGGGGGUAUUUGCCGGCCAUGUGUACUAUUUCAUGCUGGAAAUCCUUCCGAACACCAAAAACAUCAAUUUGCUGAAAACCCCUCAAUUCUUGACAAACCUCUUCCCCUCGGACAACCGACCCAUGACAGGAGGUGCCGCCCCGCGCCAAGCAGGCUCAGGUGCCACGACAGGUCCGUCGCGCUACAACUGGGGUGGUGGCGGGCGCACGCUAGGUCGUGACUAGUUGUGUCUUGUACAUCGAAGCGGUGGCUUUUGGACGUUGGCUAAACAGCUCCUUUAUAUACAUCCAUGUGCAUUAAGUCAAAUACGAACUUAUGUCCAAGAUUGCAGCGUCGAAUGCAAUCCCUCAUCUCGAAUUUCAGUGCUAUUUGAAUGGGUUAGGCGUCUUCGUCGACUUCGGUGGCCUUGAAAUUCUCGUCUUGCGUGGCUUCAACCGACACGAACAGCGACCAAGUGGGGUGAGCCGCCAAGAGCACUUGAAUCUGGUCCGAUGGGCCCGAAAUUAAGCAGCACACGUUGAGCCACGACGGCCAGUUGGCCACUUCCGGGAUGGAAAUAAAGUGAGGGAUAGGGACAACAAGAGUCGUUCGGUUCGACUUUGCCAAAACUUGGAGCAUGGUGUCCCCGUGCUCGUCCUUGCGGAAGAUGUGGACGUGGAGGAAAAGGCCCGACGGUGCAAGCGAUUCGACAGUCCACAUCAAGUCCUCGACGUUUGUUUGGUAGUACAUCAAAUCACAGCCCAAGACGACAUCAAACGCGCCCAAAGAUGGCGGGUACGAGGCACCCCAGUACAACUGGCGGCAUGCCGUGGACAAUUCAGGUUUGAUGGAAUGCACGACAUGCUCCAAAUUGCGUUGCGCCAAUGCAACUGCUCGCUCGUCUCCGUCAGUCAGAACCAAGUCGGACAAGAUUGCUCGAGCACCAGCCACGCAUCCAAUAACUCCUGUACCGCACCCCAGCUACAAGUGCAUUAGAUUGACCCGUCUGUGUUCAUAGUUGCCUCAAUGACGCGUUUCCCACGGAGCAGCGCCAAUCCAUCGGCGGAGGCAAGGAACCGCGCCAUGACUUGAGCGCCCGAGUAGACUCGCAACCCAGUUGAGUCUUGGCUAGCAGAGUUGCUGGUCAGACACAUGUGGUUGUAGUCCGCGCUUCCGUAUUGGAAGAACGAAUACGUCCCCGCAUCGCCAAAUUCCACCGUCUCCUCCGCAAUCGCCAUGUUGAUGUGGAAAGUCGAAC